AUGGAGUCUAACGGUCAAGAUGGUCUUGACGACUCGUCCUUGAGACCAGUCUCGUCCCUGAGGUCUCAUUUUGAGAAUAUGAACAAACCCAAAGAUGGUCCAGUAGCUACACAAUCUCAGCCCCCACCUACACGAAAUCAGUCGCCAUCCCCAAAUCUUCCUCCGAUUCCAGACACAAGACCUACCCGAAGUGGGAAUGUGCCAGCGGAUAAUGGAAAGCCCAAGCCAAAGGAAAUCCUAAAUACUACAGGUCUUCAUUCUACUCAGAUCGCGAAUCCCUUGCCGAUAAGUCCUAGACCUAUCAAGCCCCCUGCCGUCUUGGUCGAACCACCUCAGUCACCACCGAAAUCAAGACCGCUCUCUUUCCUACAAAGCGAUACGAACACACACCUUUUCCCUGACCCCUCGAAGACUCCAAAUACUCCAGUUACUUCUUCACCCCGACCCUUGAAGAUUUCUAGCCGACCGCAUACUCCCAUACUCGAGCCCGGCCGAUCUCCCAGGAUCGCUACUACUCAACCGCCAUCACCGCCUCCGCCGCGAAGAUCGGCUGAGCUGAGAAGAGAACGUGAAUCUAGGGCAUCGCCGCCGAUUCCUCCACCUGUGAAUCGUGCUGAAAAGCCAGCCAAUAGACUCUCAAGGCUGAUGGAAAAUGCAAACAAACUAGAAUUAGCACCUCAAAUUGUAGAGAAGCGUUCGCCGUUUAAUAGCCCUCCUUCUAGCGCCAGCAGCCCCGAUCAUGAAGAUCCACCAGUGCUCCCAACUCGGCCAGCACGACCGCUGAUUCAGACAACCGUGCCGAGAACUAACGCAUUGCCAUCAGGUUUCGAUCCUCCCCCAGUUCACCAUACAAUUGCAACCAUACGUCGAGACUACGAAGUCAAUGGAAAUGCCAGAUCGCCAGUCACUUCUCAGCUUGCGGACAAGCAACCUACUCUCCCGGCUCGACCACAGACUAUUACGGAUCCAGCUUCUGCCCGAAUUCCAGCAAAUACAGCCGUGAGGCCACCACCUCGACCUCCAAGACCCGUUGUGACUACUGCUAGUGCCACUAUAGAAAACCCCCUGUCCCCUCAGCCUAAGCGUGUAGUUUCAACACCAACCACUCAAUUCGCGCCUCCCCCGCCACGUGCUCAUGGAAGAUCCUUAACAGUGGAUAGACACUCAGAAAAGGCUCCUGUUGAAUCCUAUGAUUCUACGAGAAGGAUAGGCGUAGCUGAUGCAGAUAGCCGCCCUCCUGAAUCUUCAGGCCCCGCCCCCGCGGGCCAUGUAGAAAUUGUAACUCAAUUCCCAGACACUACCAGGGUGAAUCGGCGACCGCCCUUCAUCAAGCAAGGCACUCAUGAAAUUUAUACCAAGUACGAUACUAGGGUAUUCGAUGUUUGUGGGCAGUACGUAUGUACCACCGGUCACCUCACCCGCGUCUGGAGCUUGCUGGAUGGUGAGCUUCUCACGAGCUUCGCCCACGGGGAGGGGAUUAAAGCGACAGCCGUAGCGUUUAAACCUACAUCAGAUAUACAAGAUGAAGGUACGCGAGUCUGGAUUGGCAACAACGUCGGCGAGAUUAUGGAAGCCGAUGUCACGUCUCAGGGUAUUACCGAGAGUAAGACGAACGCUCAUGGGCGGUAUGAAAUAGUCAAGAUUUAUAGACACUACAACGAGAUGUGGACUCUGGACGAAGGAGGGACCUUGCAUGUUUGGGGACCAGAGAGCGACGGGGUCCCGAAUCUUAGUGGCAACCCCCAUCAAACUUAUAGGCUACCUAAAGGGCAUACUUUUUCAAUGGUAGUUGGCGAAGAAUUAUGGCACGCAACGGGCAAAGAAAUCCGCGUCUUCACUCCUACUGCUGGCGGUCGGAAUCAACUGCAAGUCCUUAUGAGGCCUCUAGUCUCAGAAGGAGCAGGCGAAGUAACAUCCGGAGCCCUUCUCAAAUCGCAGCCCGGAAAAGUCUUCCUCGGUCACAAUGACGGAAAAGUCAGCAUCUAUUCUCAAAAAGAUUUUACAUGCCUUAGCGUGCUCAACGUCAGCUCCUACAAAAUUAAUUCUCUAGCUGGCGUGGGUGGUUAUAUGUGGGCAGCUUUUAAUAACGGGAGGGUAUGCGUGUACGAUGUUGCAGAGUCGCCUUGGGUUAUUAAAAAGGACUGGCAAGCUCAUGAUAACCCAGUUAUAAAAAUCAUUGCCGACCCCUCGAGCGUCUAUAAGCUCGACCGCUUCCAGGCCGUCACCCUCGGAGCCGACAAUACGAUAAAGUGUUGGGACGGUUUACUCCAGGACGACUUCUUAGAAAACGAGAUGAAGUCCCUCGAUACACAGUAUUGCAAAUUUGAAGACAUCAGGCUUUUGGCGAUGACAUGGAAUGCUGGGGCUUCAACCCCAAACAGCCUAAGAUACUCCGAGUCGGAUGCUAUGUUUAUGCAAAAUUUACUGCAAUCGAGCGAUUCACCCGAUAUUCUUAUCUUUGGAUUUCAGGAGCUGGUUGAUCUAGAGGAUAAAACCGCAACAGCAAAGCGCUUUUUCAAGCCGAAGAAGAAAGACGCGUCGGACCAAGAGCGGAUGAGCCAUCAAUAUCGAGAUUGGAGAGAUUUCCUCGUUAGAUGUCUGGACGACUAUAUGCCUGCCGAACAUCUUUAUCAUCUCCUUCAUACAGCGACUCUGGUGGGCCUCUUUACUUGUAUAUUCGUGAAAUCGACUCUACGUGAUCGUAUACGCAAUAUCAACGGUUCCGAGAUAAAGCGUGGAAUGGGAGGUUUGCAUGGUAACAAAGGAGCCAUUGUUGUGCGAUUUAUGGUGGACGAUACUUCGCUCUGCUUUAUCAAUUGCCAUCUUGCGGCUGGACAAUCAUCAGCCAAUCAGCGACACAACGAUAUUGCCGCAAUUAUGGAAACCGCUCUCCUUCCUAUAGAGCGCGACCCAAGCGUUCGCAUCGACAGUUACAUAGGUGGUGGCGACGGCACCAUGGUCCUUGAUCACGAGUUAUGCCUACUUAACGGUGACCUCAACUACCGCAUUGAUACCAUGUCACGGGAUACGGUCGUGAUCGCUGUAAAACAGAAUAAUCUGGCCAAACUUCUGGAACGUGAUCAGCUCCUCGUAGCCCGUCGGAGGAACCCGGCAUUCAAACUUAGGGCAUUCGACGAGAUGCCCAUCGAGUUCCCUCCUACGUAUAAAUAUGACGUAGGGACUGAUAAUUACGAUACUAGUGAGAAGAAGCGCUCCCCGGCAUGGUGUGAUCGCCUCCUUCAUCGAGGUUUUGGUAGAAUACAGCAGCUUGAAUACAGACGGCACGAGGUCCGGGUGUCUGAUCAUCGGCCCGUGACUGGCCAGUUCAGGUUUACUGUCAAAUCCAUCUCACCUAAGAAGCGGACAUUGGCUUGGGCAGACUGCCAGCAACGCUUCGAGAACCUCAAGGAGAAGGAGGCGAAUGCGGAGAAGCUUUAUUAUCUUACGAAUGUUAUCGGGUACGACUCAGAUACGAGCAUGAGAUUGAUACGCGAAAGGACAACCAGAUAA